AUGGCUUGUCUUUGGCCAAAUGUUAUAUGGUUUAUGGCAAUACUUUUCAUAUCCAAGAAUGUAGAAGCAAGUCAUAAACCCUAUGACUAUUCAUGGAAAAAAUAUUAUAGUUACAAGUCAUCUCCAAAGUCAGCACCAGUAUAUGCGCCUUCUAACUCUAAUCAGUCACCACGUCAACCAUCUCCAUCACCACAACCACCAACCCAAAAGUAUUAUACUUCGCCACCAUCACCUUCAGAAUGGUUCUCUCCUCAGCCUUCCCCGGUGCCUUCGCCUACUUACAAUGAGAAGAAUACUGCAAGUUCACCAACCAUAUCGCCAUUAUCGCCAUCUCCAUACAAGUAUAGUUCCCCGCCCUCACCUUCAGGAUGGGCUCCAUCCCCAUAUCACUAUUCAUGGGCAUCAUCUCCUCAAUCAUUGCCCGUACUUGCGCCUUUUUACCCUAAUCAGUCCCCACCAUCACCUUCAGAAUGGUUGUCUCCUCAGCCUUCCUUGGUGCCUUCACCCACUCACAAUGACAAGAGUACUGCAAGUUCACCAACCACAUUACCAUUAUCGUCAUCUCCAUACAAGUAUAAUUUCCCGCCCUCGCCUUCACGAUGGGCUCCAUCCCCUUAUCACUAUUCAUGGGCAUCAUCUCCUCAAUCAUCGCAUGUACUUGCACCUUCUUACCCUAAUCAGUCCCCACCAUCACCUUCAGAAUGGUCCUCUCCUCAUCCUUCCCAUGUGCCUUUACCCACUUACAAUAACAAGAAUACUGAAAGUUCACCAACCACAUCACCUUUAUCGCCAACUCCAUACAAGUCUAGUUCCCCGUUUUCACCUUCAGGGUGGGCUCCAUCCCCAUAUCACUAUUCAUGGGCAUUAUCUCCUCAAUCAUCGCCUGUACUUGCGCCUUCUUACCCUAACCAAUCCCCACCAUCGCCUUCAGAAGGGCUCUCUCCUCAGCCUUCCCCAGCACCGUCGCCUUCUUACUAUGACAAGACUCAAAGUCCACCAACCCCAUCACCACUUCCAAAUUACUAUUAUAAAUCGUCACCUCCUCCAUAUGUUUACAACUCUCCACCACCGCCAUCACCAUCCCCGCCUCCUCCUUAUUACUAUAAAUCUCCUCCCCCACCGUCCCCUUCUCCACCACCUCCUUAUUACUAUAAAUUUCCUCCCCCACCCUCACCUUCUCCACCUCCUCCAUAUGUUUACAACUCUCCACCACCGCCAUCACCAUCACCUCCUCCUCCUUAUUACUAUAAAUCUCCUCCCCCACCAUCACCUUCUCCACCUCCUCCAUACGUUUACAAAUCGCCACCUCCACCGUCCCUUUCCCCACCUCCUCCAUAUUAUUAUGUGUCACCACCCCCACUAUACCCUUCGCCUCCUCUCGUUUACUAUUAUAACUACCCACCUCCACCUCCAUCGUGCAUACGUAGAAACUCCUCAAGAACUGGUGAAUUAUUUGAAGCAUUACCGGAUCCUGAGAAAGCUUUCAAGGUAUUAAAUCGUGCAAACAGGAAGGACAAACGACAACAGCACCCAAGUGAACAAAUUGAAUUUGACAUGGGUGACGUUUUGGAUAAUCAAAACAAUCGAAACAAUGCAACCGAAUGUGACACCGGAAGCAAUAAAACUGUUGUUGUUUCCAUUCUCAGUGACAGGAGAAGCCCAGACUUGGCUUAA